ACGUGGGCUGUAGGUCCCGCGCAGGUGAGGGGCGCGCGGCGGUCCCCUUUGCAGCCCCCGGGACGCAGCCUCGGACAGGACACGUUGGUUCUCCUCGGGGCGCAGCGGAGUUAGUCACCGUCUCCGCCGGGAUUCUCUGCAAAGGAGUCACGGGAGCCUUCAGAGGAGAGAGUCUCUCUUGCAGAGCAACUUCUGGGGUCUUCAUGCAGCCAUGGAUCUGGAUAAACCGUCUGUCUGGGGCUCAUUCAAACAGCGGACCAGGCCCUUGCUCCUCAACCUGAGCAAGAAGAAGGUGAAAAAGAGCCCAAACAAACCCCUAGGCUUAAGGGAAAGGCAUCAACUGGACCGCCGCCUCAGCCUGUCCGUCCCUGACCUCCUGGAGGCCAAGGCCUUGGCCCCGGAGGGCCGGCCUUACUCAGGGGCCCAGUCGUCCUACACCUCCGUGCCCAGCAGCCUGUCCACGGCAGGGAUCUUUCCCAAGAGUAGCAGUAGCUCCUUGAAACAGUCUGAAGAAGAAUUGGACUGGAGCCAGGAAGAAGCGGGCCGUCUCCAUGGGGCAGAUACAGACUCUGAAGAGACCUUCGCCUCGCCCGCCGAGGACCGCAGGGCUUCCAGCAACGGCGUCUUCGACCUGCUCCACAAGACGCCACUGGCAGAGGAUGCUCCAGAAGAGCUGGAGAAGCUCUGUGGAAGUGGUGAUCUUAAUGCUUCUAUGACAUCCCAACAUUUUGAAGAACAAUCUGCCCUCGGGGAAGCCGGCGAUGGCCUGAGCAACCUCCCCAGCCCUUUCGCCUACCUCCUCACCAUCCACCUGAAGGAGGGCCGGAACCUGGUCAUCCGGGAUCGAUGCGGCACAAGCGACCCCUACGUGAAAUUUAAGCUGAAUGGGAAGACGCUGUACAAAAGUAAAGUCAUAUAUAAGAACUUGAACCCGGUUUGGGAUGAGGUAGUGGUCUUGCCCAUACAAAGUCUUGAUCAAAAGCUCCGUGUGAAGGUAUAUGAUCGAGAUUUAACGACAUCUGAUUUCAUGGGCUCUGCAUUUGUCGUUCUCAGCGAUCUUGAGCUUAACAGAACAACUGAACAGAUCUUAAAAUUGGAAGAUCCAAACAGUUUGGAAGAGGACAUGGGGGUGAUUGUGUUGAAUCUGAACCUAGUAGUAAAACAGGGUGAUUUCAAGAGACACCGGUGGUCAAACCGGAAGCGGUUAAGUGCCAGCAAGUCCUCUUUGAUACGCAGCCUGCGGCUCUCCGAGGCCUUGAGAAAGAACCAGCUCUGGAAUGGGAUUAUAAGUAUAACUUUGUUGGAAGGGAAGAACGUCUCAGGAGGAAACAUGACAGAGAUGUUCGUCCUGUUAAAACUGGGAGAUCAGAAGUAUAAAAGUAAGACACUGUGUAAGAGUGCAAAUCCGCAGUGGCGGGAAGAGUUUGACUUUCACUACUUCUCUGACAGGAUGGGCAUUUUGGACAUUGAAGUCUGGGGAAAGGACAGCAGAAAGCACGAAGAGCGCCUGGGCACCUGCAAGGUGGAUAUCGCGGCUCUGCCACUCAAGCAGUCGAACUGCUUGGAGCUGCCUCUGGACAGCUGCCUAGGCGCUCUCCUAAUGCUGAUCACGCUCACGCCCAGUGUGGGAGUCUCUGUCUCAGACCUGUGUGUGUGCCCCUUGGCGGACCCCAGCGAGAGAAAGCAGAUGGACCAGCGCUAUAGCUUACAGAACUCCCUGAGAGACAUGAAGGACAUCGGCAUUUUACAAGUGAAGGUUUUAAAGGCAGUAGACCUCUUAGCUGCAGACUUCUCAGGGAAGAGUGAUCCUUUUUGCUUGUUGGAGUUAGGCAAUGACCGACUUCAGACGCAUACCAUUUACAAAACCCUCAACCCCGAGUGGAACAAGGUUUUUACAUUUCCCAUUAAAGAUAUCCACGAUGUUUUGGAAGUGACAGUGUUUGAUGAAGAUGGAGAUAAACCCCCUGAUUUUCUUGGAAAAGUUUCCAUUCCUCUGCUGUCUAUUCGAGAUGGACAAACCAAUUGUUACGUAUUGAAGAAUAAAGAUUUAGAACAAGCUUUUAAAGGAGUUAUUUACUUGGAGAUGGACCUCAUAUAUAAUCCGAUCAAAGCAAGCAUUAGGACGUUUUCACCCAGGGAAAAGCGCUUUGUGGAAGACAGCCGCAAGUUGUCCAAAAAGAUCUUAUCAAGAGAUGUGGACCGUGUGAAAAGAAUCACCAUGGCGAUAUGGAAUACAAUACAGUUCCUUAAAAGCUGCUUCCAGUGGGAGUCCACAGUGAGAAGUGCAGUAGCAUUUGUGGUGUUUUUGGUCACUGUGUGGAACUUUGAACUCUACAUGAUCCCGCUGGCGUUACUCCUGCUCUUUGUCUAUAAUUUCAUCAAACCCAUGAAAGGGAAGGUCGGCAGCAUCCAGGACAGCCAGGAGAGCACAGAUGUGGAUGACGAGGAGGAUGAAGAUGACAAGGAAAGCGAGAAAAAGGGCUUCAUCGAAAGAAUCUACAUGGUACAGGAUAUUGUCUCAACAGUUCAAAACAUCUUGGAGGAAGUAGCUUCUUUUGGAGAAAGAAUUAAAAACACAUUUAACUGGACGGUCCCCUUUCUUUCAUUCCUGGCCUGUGUGAUGCUGGCGGUUGCUACCAUCACGUUGUACUUCAUUCCACUUCGGUACAUCAUUUUAAUCUGGGGCAUAAAUAAAUUUACUAAGAAGCUUCGAAAUCCCUAUGCCAUCGACAAUAAUGAGCUACUAGACUUCCUCUCCAGGGUACCGUCUGAUGUUCAAAAGGUGCAGUACAUGGAGCUGAGGCCCAGCAGCAGCCAGAGCCCCCUUCGGAAGAAGCGCAGCGCUCUCUAGGACGCGCACCGACUUUGGACACCAGCGGCUGAUUCUGGGUUUGAGUGAUUAGACCAAUAUUGUCAUUCUUUCGGCGGUACCUGUGGUGUCAUUCUGACGUGCAUGUUGUGUGGCGCCUUCUCUGUAUUGUCCCCCCCUUCUUCAAGUGCACGAUGCACACACACAGAUGGGCACAUGCACACGACUGGGGGUCCUGCUUGCACAGCGGGUCAGCCCAGCAGAAGGAGACAGUCCGGAGACUGUGAAAGGCUAAAGCUGCCGUGGGUCUGAACACCCUCCUUGCGAACAGCCAGGAGACCACUUGGAUUUGAGAGUGACUUUGAACUUGUUUUCACACCUCCGGCAGAUUCUCAUUAAGAUUCGCUUAUUUUUCACUCCCCACCCCCACACUCCUUUCAGAUUGCUGUUCAUGCGAGUCCGUUUUCUUCCCUGAGCUAACAGGUCUUUGACAGACAUCGUCUGCCCAAGUGAGUAUCUUCUGAACAGAUUUUUAGGUAAUGGCCAGGAGUAGCCUGCAUCUUUGGGAAUCGUUCGGCCGUGAUUAGUGGAGGCCUGUAUGUAACAUUUCACUACACUCCUCCCUGUUGGGAGCCAGCCUGCGCCCCGGCCCGUUGCUGACAAUGGGUGCCCCAAGGAGGUCCCAACGGAGCACUCAUCGCAAAGGGAAGAGUUCCUGAAGGCAUUUGGUUACCUUAAAACACCGUAUCUUCCAAUUUUACUGUUUGCUUACUUCCAAAAUAAAAUGUCAACAUUAUAGCUUCAGAAGUGGGAAGGGAAUGAAUGAAUGAAUUCGGAGAGUAUUUAGAAAGGUAAAGACUAAGGAGCGAGAGUCUAGUAAAUGCAGCUGCUUACCUGAUUGUUGUAAGCACUUCAUUUGCCCUGGGUUUUGUUGUUGUUGUUUUAAGCAGAAAGUAAAAAUAGUUUAGCAGUCCAAAUUGAUCUUUUGUGCCUCUUAUGGGUAAAAUAGUUACUCAUAAAUAAAAGUAUGUCUGAUAGCCCCUUUCCUAGAAAAACACCACUUCCUUUAAGAGUAUCUGACUCCUGCAGGACCUGCCAUUUCAAAGUAACACGCCGCAAGUAAAUAUUCCAAUUUGAGGCAUAUAUAUAUAUAUACAUAAUAUAUGAAAAUUUCUUUCUUUUCAAAUGACAUGUAAGUUGUAAAGACUGUAUUUUGUUGACACAUACUUUGUAUGUGCAUUUAUAUAUAAUAUAUAUGUAUUGUAAAGAAAAGUUGAGGUAAAAAGAUGUGAUUU